UCAUUGUCACUGCCAGCCUCGUCACCCGGCGUUACAUGCUCCUGUCACCCCCUCUACAUUCCAACUAUCAUCUCCUCCCUUUGGUGCUUCUUGUUCCUAUACCACACUCCCUACCCCUUCCAUUCCUUUGCUCAAAUGCGCUCCCUCCUCGCCCUCUCGCCCGUCCUCCUUUUCGCACAGCAUUCCAUCGCGGCGCCGGUCACCCCCCGCGCUGUCCUCAGCCCGGUGUUCGACGCUGUAUCCAACCAUGCAUCCCAUCCCGCCGAGAAUGCGAUCGUCUCGACUCCUGAUGAUCAUUCCAUGUCCAGACGCGCAUACACAGGACUUGGAUACGAUGGCUACCCUGGAUAUGAUAGCUACAAUGGCUUCUCUUCUAUCACAGGCGAAGACGGCGCGAACGUGGGCUACGUAGAUAGCACGACCAACGGAUAUCCCGACGCCACCGGCGACGGUUACCCCCACGACGCUGCAGACAGCGGGUAUGCUGAUACUGGCAACCCAGCUGAGCCCUCCGCCGCGACCGGCAAUAUCAGCGCUGACACUGAUACCAACGGCAGCCCCGAUCCCAACCCGAAGGAAGCGACUACGACUGAUACCAACUCGGGAAACAGCGCGAACACCGGUGAUGCCUCUGGCGCAGGCGUGUCUGGCGACGCGGAUAAUGCGAACAACGUGUCUGGAAGCAAUGGCGCUGACAAUGGAAUUCCUGAAAGCGGCGCCUCAGGCAAUGGAGCUGGUUCUGGUUCUGAUUCUCAGUCUGCUGCUACUGGUUCCGGACACGGCUCUGGCUCUGAUCCUACGUCGACGUCCACCUUCCAAGGCGCUGACAGCGCUGGCACGGGGGCUUCGAAUAUUGAUACGACAGACGCUGGCUCUGGCCCUGAUGGCACCGCCGGCGCGUCCGGAAAGGACACCACGGCUGGAACGGGCAACGCAGAUGACGGUUCGCUCGUCCAUGUGAAUGCAAAUGGAGACAACUCGAACGGCUCUACGGACAAUGCCAGCUCGUCAGACAAUACGAGACACCACACCGCGGCUCCAGGCACUGGCAAUUCAGGCGACUCCACUCCGGAUAGCGCGGACAAUGGUUCUCUCGUUGAUGCAAACGCUGGACAAACCAAUAACGGUGACUCCGCAAGUGCGUCUGCGGACAGCACGAACAGUGGCUCUCUCGUCGAUGCAAACGCUGGACAGACCAAUAACGGCAACUCUGCAAAUGCGUCUGCGGACAAGACGAACAGUGGCUCUCUGCUGGACAGACCAAUAACGGCAACUCUGCAAAUGCGUCUGCGGACAAGACGAACAGUGGCUCUCUCGUCGAUGCAAACGCUGGACAGACCAAUAAUGGCAACUCUGCAAAUGCGUCUGCGGACAAGACGAAUGGUGGCUCUCUUGUCGAUGCAAACGCUGGACAGACCAAUAACGGCAACUCCGCAAGUGCGUCUGCGGACAAGACGAAUGGCGGCUCUCUCGUCGAUGCAAACGCUGAUUCCUCCCGCAACGGCGACUCCGCCAAUGCGUCUGCGGACAAGACGAAUGAUGGCUCUGUCGUCGAUGCAAGCGCUGAUUCGGCCCGCAACGGCAAUUCCGCAAGUGCGUCUGCGGACAACACGAACGAUAGCUCUCUCGUCGGUGCGUCCGCAGCCGCGGCGAACGCAGGCAACAAAGGCCCGUCAUCUACAGGCGGAGUCAGUCUCGUGUCGAGCCCUGACGCGGACGAUGCAACAGAUGGUCGUGCUGCUUCGAAUCGACAUCAGUUCUGCCUCGGGUCGGUCUGCCUGUCGCUGAGUUUGGGCGAUAAACUAACGGGCACGGGUGCGACCGCAACGGUGCCCGAGCUCACAGGCACGUCAAGCCGGUGUAGGAGCUUGGGUCAGAUCAAUGUAUGCUUGAACGUCGGAUCAUAGGUUUCGAGCUGUGCGAAAUGUCUCUCCAAUGUAGUGUCUUUGAUCAGAGCACAAUACAGAUUGUACUAUUUUCCUAAGUGCGUUCCCAGUCCUCGUCGUCACGAUGGAUAUCAUUUUACGUCUCGAGU